UAUGCGUGUGAGGAAUGAAGUAAUUAAGAGUGUGUAGUGAAAUAUCUAAGUGUGAAGAAGCACCAAUGAGGACCUAAGACGCGAUACUAAGCGGGACAGCUCACAAGAAGAAGAAGACUCCUCCAUUAGUGCGCCGUAAAGAAGGCGUCGUUUGUUAUUGUUGCCCUGCCAGAGCCUGACGCCCCCCGCUCCACGAGUCCUCCCGCACACGGCCACCCAGAGGCGCGGCAUCACAUAACAAGCGCUGCCGAACCGCCCGCACCUCCAGGGCUGUAGGGGCCGUGGCUCCAUGAAUUGCCCUGCCCUCUGAAGCGCUGAGGAAGAAGUCUGAGGCGGGCGGGAGGGCGGCGCGCACACCCAGGCGGCCUGACGAUGGCGAGCCCCAGCAGCGCCGCGGAGCCCCACGAGUAUGAGGAAGUGCCGGAGGAAGUUGUGGAAACUUCCUUCAUGUGUGAGUGUUUCCUGUUGUUUCCAACCACAGAAGACUUCAAUGCUCAUCAUUGUCAAGUAGCUGAAGUGGAUAAGGUAGAGGAUGUUGCAACAGAGGCUGUGGGAGACAGCGAGCCCUCCACCUCAGUCUUGGAUGUGCCACAGUCCACGGAAUGUGUGCAUAUAGGAGUGUGGGAGGCUGGAGAGUCAGAAGCAGCUAUGGAGGAAGCAGUGGCCAGCAUUCUUGGGGAGAGAAUGAAGCGUACUAUAACACCACAAGUGAACCCUGUCCCCGAGGCCCAGCUAGAGGCUGUGAGUGAAGGUGUUGAGGAUCCCCAGGUGAACCCCAUCCUGGAUCACACAGUUGAAGAAUGUGAACAGUUGGAAGAAAAUGUGGCAUUGGAGGCCGUGGAGAUCCCAACCACCAACCUUUACAUGUAUGACAAUCCUGUGUACCUCAACCGCCUCAUGAAGGACAACACGUUCGGCAGGCGAGUGCGUCAUGAUGCUCCCUACAGCCACCGCCUAGGUCCAUGGGAUAAUAAAUCCAGUCGACUUCUCAUACAGCUUCUUGGUGAAUACCCAAAAGCUUAUUUCAUUUUAGACAAAGAGUGCAAGAGAACAGAGGCAUGGGAGAUGAUCCGCUACAAGCUGGCAGAGGCAGGGCACCAGUUCACAGUGUUGCAGAUUCGCAUGCGGUGGCGAGAGCUGUGUAAAAAAUAUAGGAACACUGUCAAUCAUAAUGACAUGCAUAACACACGAAAAACGUGCCAAUUCUUUGAUGAACUAAAUGUUCUCUUUGGUGUUUGGGACCGGCCGGCCACCCUUCUGCUGAUACGACAGCUUGAAGCCAAUGGCGGUAAACCACUUGGUCAGAAUGGAGGAACUCGCAUGAGGAUCAAGGUGUGGGAGCACAUCAGGCAGGUGCUGGCCUCACAUGGAUACAAGUACACCCCCGACCAAGUUCAAGGCCGCUGGAGUAAUCUAGUGACUCUCUACCAGAGAAUGGUGGAGCAUAACGCUCGGCCCCACAAUGAACCCAUAACGAUAGCCUUCAAGGACCAUAUUGAGCGAAUAUUCAAUUAUGUUCCAGAACGCAACUCAAAGUGGCUGAAAAUCAUGGAGAAACGUGGAAAGACACCAAAGACAAUGACAAAAAAGUGGACUGUGGCGAUGGAGAGGAAUCUGCUGACUUACUACCAUGAGAGAGUGUAUCGCUUCAACAACGACCAUGUUGAUAACAGUAUUCUGUGGAAGGAAAUAGUGCAAAAAUUAGAGGAGGAUGGCCACAGUUCAACCCCUGAAAAGGUGCGAGUACGCUUCUAUGAGCUGACCAAACAAUUUUCCCUGUCCGAGCAGCACAACUCCCAGCCAGGCACCAUACGGCGAGAAUGCAAGCACCACGAAAUGUUGUCUGAGAUUUAUAAUAUCUACAACUUUUGGCCGCACGACAGAUCCUCAAUCAAAAUGGAAAAGACAAACACCAUAAGAAUGAGACAAGUUAACGCUCAAUUGAUGUGGAGUGAAGAUCAGUCCCGCACACUGCUGCAGCUUUAUCCACAAAUCCUGGUUUCUCAUAUUUCAAAUGGGGAGCAUCAGCCCAUGGAAGAAUUAUGGCUGCAAUUAGCAAAGGCAUACAUGAAUGCCACAAAUGACAGAAAACAAUGCUAUGAGAUUGAGGAGCAUUUUGCUGUUCUGCGCCGAGGAUACCGCAGCCAGAACCCUUUCCCUUUUGUUGCCGAAAUGCAGCUCCUGGAGGAAACAGAAUCAACGUUGGGCUUUACUCAGGAGGCCUCACCCACGACCAAUGACCAGUUAGUCUCUUAUUGGAGCCACAGAGCUGCACAUCUUCUGUUAGAUUUCGUUAUUCAUCACCGCCAAGAAGGAGUUAAAAAUUCUGGGCUGUUUGAAGUGAUCAGUAAAGACCUUGCUGACUAUGGUUACAGGUACACUGGAGAAGAGUGUCGCUUGUACUACUCGUUGCUGAGACAGCUGUACACCAAUAGGCUGAGGACCAUCAGGCGUAAUAAAGAAAUGAUUAAGCCCUUCCCAUACAUGGACAAGAUGGCAGAAGUAGAUGCUGUGGUGUCUCAACCAAAAUUUAUCGAAACACCAGAGAGCCGCUUAGCAGUGUUGAGUGCUGCCAUCUCAAAACUGAAGGAGCUGAAAGAAGAGGAUGGCAAGAUACAGAGGGAGCACAUCCCUGCCUGGCUUGUGGACCUGAAGAUGUUCCUCAAGCGCAAUGAGAUAAUUCAUCCAACACCCUCCGUCAAGUGUUUGGCUCGGAUCUUAAGUGAAGCAAUAGAAGAUUCCUCCCUUGAUGCAAAGUUUGUGGAGUGCCACACCAUCCUGGGUUGUCAUUUGAACUUCCUGAAGUUGAUAUCAGGGAAAGGAAUCUCUAAUGUAGAAAGUUCUCCUACUAUCAAAAGUAAAGGAAGAAAUACAAACCCUAAAAGCAACCCUCAGCCAAAAUAUGGAACUGUGCAGUGGACAGAGAAGAACUUGCUCACCAUGCUAAGAGUCAUCAAGGAAUGGAAGCUCUUGUGUCAUGAUGAUGCAGAAGUGGAGGCGAUCCUUGGCAUUGGUCAUCCUCUGUGGAGGGAGGUGGCAUCCAGGCUGAGUGACCACUACAAGGUUGACCCAAACAAGUGUUUCGAAAGAUUUAUUCAGCUGUGGCGGGAGUACAGGAGUGUGAUGACCUUCAAUGCUCGCCUUGGCACUGCUGAAGGAGCAAAGUCUGUAAUGUGCCAGGACAUGGUGGGGUCCAUCUUGUCACUCCAUGUUUUCCAUGAUGCUCAGCUGGAUCCAAGAGAUAGAUGGUGGGCAAGUGAAGAAGGCAAAGGCUGGAGUAAAGAGGAGACUAUGGAAUUGAUCUUCACUGUCAGAGAAGUGUGGAGCAGUUUGCCUGAGGUUAAUUGGGAUGUGGUGUGUCAGUUGCUGGCUAGUAGUGGAUAUAACCACUGUUCUGAAAGCUCCCAAGAAAAUUUUCAUCAUCUCUAUGAAACUUACCAGGCAGCACACGAACAUAACAAAACAUGCAGCAUGAGAACUCGGAGGCGACCUCCAUUCUACUAUAAGCUGAGAGACCUCUUUGGCAGUGAUAAUGUAAAUUUUGCAGUUGUAAAAGAGUCAGCUGAUGAACAAGACAUCUCAAUGGACAAAACACAAGUAUUGCCUGUGCUCGUUAGCAAACUGAAGAGCAUCAAAGGCCAUCACUGUCACGGUGUUCCAAGAAGGCCUCUCCUGCUGCUUUUGGCACAGGAGCUGAAUGAAUAUUUUCAGUGCAUGCCACCAGUCUUCAAGUCCUUCAAUGUGUGGGAACUCCUAAUCCAUCUUCAUGAGGUCCAUUAUGAGGCUGCAGAAAGGAAUACAGAGGUACAGAAUGAGGUACACCUCGGGGACCUCUGGCAGAAAAACCCCAAAGCAUUGGUGGCAUAUGGUCUUCUGGCUGUUCCUAUUUCUGGUUGGGAGAAGGUAAGCACUUGGAGUUUUGAAGAGGUCUGUAUACUCGUAGAAGCUGUUAUCAACUGGGAGCUUCAACAGAUAAGUUUAGAUAAAAAAGACAAAGCUAUUGCAAUGGCUGCAAGUGAAUUACUAAAGGCUCAUGGCUAUGAAAAGAGCACAAAGCAGUGUGAAGAACAGUGGAAAUAUGUUGUGUCUUCCUUCAGGAGAGGUGGCUACAGACAGUUCACAAAUCAGAUCAAUCUCAUCCAUUUGUUGUCACCUUGCCUUUUAAUGCAGCCAAAUGCUCAGCACCUGAAUAAGUCAAAUAUCAGAAGUGAACAACAACAAAUAUUUUCUGAAAAUCAAAUGGCAAAAGUUCCUUCAUUGCCUGAAACUGACAGUAUUGCCAUGACACAGAGUUCAAAAAAGAAAAAAAUAGAGAACCAAGAAAGUAUUACCAAGACAUCAAAUGAUGAAAUAGGGAAGGAUUGUAAAAAUAAUGCGUCAGAGAAUGUCACAUCUUAUGUUCAAAUAAAUGUUUCCAAGAGCAACAGUAAAGCAAAGCAUCUUGCCCAAAGUUUUACUGAUGAACCGGAAGAUAAUGAAGAACUAGCUGCACCAUCUCUAAAGGAAAACUCAGAAGUCCCCGAAAUUAUGAAACAUAAGUCUGUAUUUUUAAAGAAUACUGAGAAUAAAAGACCAAAGCAUACCAGAGGGAGAGGCAAAGUAAAGAGAUCUAGUUCUCCUGAUACCAAUACAGAGUUAACAGGUGAGAGAGUCAAAAGGAAAAGAGAGAGUUCUCCAGUCAGUGUAAAAUCUACAAAAGCUGAGCCCCCGGUGCAAAAAAGUGAUGAUCAUUUGAGCGCUAGUAAAUCACCCAGAAAUAAAGUGCAAGUUGAAGUUUUAAAUAUAACUGAAAAUGGAAAUGCAAAAUCAAUUGAGUGUCAAACAGUGCCAGUAACCCCAACUAGGACUAUCAAGCUGCACUAUCCAGCAGACCACCCGAUUCCCCCUGGCCUCAAACAUCUGUACAUUCCCCUGGACAUGAUUCACCCAGGGUCUUCACCAGAAAAUGUGCCAGCGUCUGAGUCUUCAGUUACUGAUGUACAAAGUCAUCUACAUUCCACUCCAUCAUCAUCUGAAGUGUUGUCUGUGUCAAAUGUGAAGCAUGAGUUAAGUGGUAAAGUUAGUGAGCAAAGUAAGGACAGUGAUAUGUGUAGUGCCUUAGCCACUGAUGCACAUGCUGACUCAGAAAGGAAAGCCAUCAUGAAACUCCUACAUCAGUACAGCCAAGAGUGCCAACAAGGAAAGCUAAGAUUAUUUAAUGUAAUUCAAGAGAGCAACCAACAGCAUAUUUCAGCCCUGAAGAGAAUACUUUCUGUAUUUAGGGAAUUACAAAAAUCAGUCUGAUGUAUUAGUGUUGUAUUAUGUACCAAAAGUCUUAUCAUAAAUUAUACUUGGUCUACUGAAUUACCAUAUCAAUUGCCAAGACUUUACAUGUAGUAGUAUUAUGUUUUAUUCUAUUAGCAGCAAAUUAUAAUACACACACACACACACACACACACACACACACACAGACACUGCCUUAACCCCCUUUGACCGCAAAAGGUUUUCUCGGGAGAUCCCCCUGAACACAAAAGACAGCGGAAAAUGAACUUUGAAACUGAGAAAACAUCACAAGAGGUGUAUUAUAGAAAAUUUUCUGGCGCACCCUGCUGUGAAAUCCAUUUCAUUUUAGGUUGUCACAUUUGGCUGGAAUUCCAAGAUUCCCAAAAAAUUCCAAGUUUUUAUUGGUGUGACGUACAGAAAAAAUUAUUGAAGAAAAGUUGCUCACUUUCUCACAAUGGAGUCUGUAAAAUAUAGUUUAUGAUCUUUGACCUGGAAAUUUAGUGCCUACAAAGAGCCAAAGUUGCAGUGAAAUUCAAAAAACAAUUUAUUUAUUUAUUUUUUUUUUUCAUUUUGGAAUGAAACUCAUUGAAUAAAAGUUGUAGGAAAGCAUCCUUAUAACUCUACUGUGAAAUCAGAUUUUUAUUUGGACUGACUGUUUGGCUGGAAUUCCAUGAUUCCCCAAAAAUUCCAACUUUUUACCGGUGCGACGUACAUGAAAAUUUAUUGAAGAAAAGUUGCUCAUUUUAUCACGAUGGUGUCUGGAAAAUAUAGUUUAUAAUCUUUUACCCGGAAAUUUACUGCCUACAGUGAGCCAAAUUUGCAGUGAAACUUGAUAAAUAUUUUUUGUAAAUUUUUGUAGUUUUUUCAUUCUGGAAUGAAUUUCAUUGAAUAAAAGUUGUAGGAAAGCAUCGUAACUCAACUGUGAAAUCAGAUUAUGAGUUGGACUGACCGUUAGCUGGAAUUCCAUGAUUCCCUAAAAAAUCCAACUUCCACUUCCCACUCCUCUGAACAUUCCUGCGAACAAGAUAUUGCAUGGUUCAUCUAGAACAUCAUGUACAUCAGUGAAGGUGUCAAGACUACCUUCAGCACUUACACACGAGCAGCAACUAAAGGAAGACCGCUAAAACAGGACGUACAGCUGAGGGAA